UGAACCCGCCGUUACUCUUUUCCUACGCAAAUAGAGAACUCUCUAUCCCUGCGCUCAGCGCUUCGUCUUCUUGGCUGAAUUUCCAUUGACGGCGCCGGUUGAAUUUUCAUCUCCGACAUUGGACUUCGGAACGUGGUGGUCUUCCCUAGCUCCUCUCUCUGGUUCGUCCUAUUUUUAUUUGUUUCUUCCGUUACCCAUGAAUCAUGCCUUCCAAUCUUUGUGUUGCUCUCUGUACACCUUGGUCUUUUGUUUUCUCUGUGAGUUGUCUCUAUGUCAAUAGUUUAUUAUUAUUGUUAUAUAAGGCUGGAUCAAAUUAAUAAUUUAAUAUUAACAAUUGCAGGUUUCUUAGAUAGAGAUUAUGGGGAUAACGCUUGUGUACCAUGUUAGGGGGAAGUUUGUCCGAUCUGGGCAGCAUGUAGUGUAUGAUGGAGAAGACAUUGAAGGGAUAGACCCUGAUGAGCUGAACUCAAUGGAUCUGGAGCAUUAUAUUAUGAAGACAAUUAUCGGGGGCUUUCAGCUGUUCUAUGAAGGUCACGGGGAAAGGGAAGUGCCUGGAUUUAAAUUGCUAUCAAGUGAUGAUAGUAUAAGAGACAUGUUAGAUCUAUACAAAGAUCGUGAAGUGUAUGAUUUGUAUGUGAAGCAUGAUAUGUCUUAUUCCGAAACUUUGGGUGGAGUAGAAGAUGAAGGAGCUGUAGUAGUAACUGAAGAAGCUCCUACAAGCUUGGGUGAUCCAGUUUCAAGUGGAAAGCAACAAGAUUUGAUAGAAACAAGUGAAGAAAUAGAUUUGGCAGAUUCUAGUGAUGAAGAUUUGGGUGAACAAGAUAAACCACGAGCUUCCGAGGAGAUUCUCUUCGAUGGUUUUGAAUUUGGAAGUGAUGCAGACGAUGAUGAAGUUCAAGAACUGAGGAAGAAGGUUGAGAAGGUCGAAGAAAGAGUGAGGAAAGGGAUAACACCCAUCACAUAUGCGCAUAGUUUGUACUACUCAGAUUCUGAUCCCGAUCCAGGAUAUGACAGGGUAGGAGAUGAGGGUGAAACUGAAGGUUUUGAUUCUGAUGACAUUGGUAGCUAUGAUGACACAGAUGUAGAUGAUGAAAUUGCAGAUCAUGGUGUUCGGAGGAAAUCAAGGUUUGUCCGAUAUAACAAGGACACCGAUAAGCCAUACUUUGAGUUGGGGAUGGUGUUCACAGAUAUAUAUGAGGUUAGAGUUGAAGUGAACAAGUAUUCCAUCAAAGAAUGAAAGGACCUGAAGUUGAAAAAGAAUGAGAAGAAGCGGUUGAGAGCCGUGUGUAAGUUUGCAGGUUGUGCCUUUGAGUUCUUUGUCAGUUUUGAUAGGACAAUAAACCGACUACAAGUGA